UCACUUAUCUUUCUUAAGUAACAGUAUAGCUAUAAAUUUGCCAACACGUAUUCCACUUGAGAGUGUGAAAAUAAACCCGAAGAAAAAGAAAAUACUUUAUAUACUGGAUGAAGAACACGUUGCAGUAAGUUUGAAGUUUCUGCAGAGUGCUCAAGCGGUUUUGCAUUAUUGCUAAGCUGGAUAUAGCUUUGACUUUCGCUUCACACCAGCACAGUCACACGUUAUUAUUAUUAUUAUUACUAAAUUUCAAAUUCCACCAUAAAUGAUGAGGAGAAUGGAUGGACGCAGGAUAAGAAGACAGUUCAACCACAUAAAUGUUAUAAAUUGUUGGUAGGUUGCUCACCAAAACCAUAACCAAACCCCACUUGGCAAACCCUACUCAUUUUAUCCCUUCGAACAAGUAGUGUACAUAUAGAUGACCUAGCUAGCACCUUGGUUUGUAAAAAACAGCCCCAUUUACUGAAAAAAGGUAUGUGUGUGAGUUGUGAGUUGUGACCCCAAAACGUUUGCUUGCUUGGUGCAUUUUCCCUGGCUCUCCCCUUCUCCAUGUUCCUCAACUACCCUCAUUUAUUUCCCCUCAUUCAUUGCCUGACUUGAACACCCUGUUGUAAGAAAGAAAGAGAGUGAGUAGCUCUAGUGUGGUUUCUUCUUCAAUAGUGAAAGAGGGACAGGUGGGUGUCUUCAACUUUAAAGGCUUCAACAACCUCUCAGAGAGCAUUAAUAUUGCUGCAUCUGAUGAGUUUAGUAAGAGAGAGAAGAUGGUGGUGCAUUGUCAAUAAACCAGUCUGGCCACAAUAACUCUUCACUAAACCACUCCACCUAUAAAUCUCUCUUCUCCUUAACACACUACCCUCAUUGUACUACACUCACUCACACCCCUUCUCUUACAUAUACAUAAUAACCCUCUUCAUUUUCCUUCACUCCUCCAUUUCCCUUUCUUGCACUCACUCUCUUGCAAUCACCCCUUUUCAUCAAAAUACUGCUCAUGCAUACCCAUCCUUGAAAGGUAUCCUUUUUCUCAUUUUUUUCAAGCACACCAUUUUUUAUUACUUAAAGUUUCUUGUAGGGUUGAGCCUUUGAAUCUAGGGUGGGGUGGUUGCAAGAUGGAAACUUGCACGGCUCUGUUGCUUUUAACGGCGAUCACAGCAUACUUGAUAUGGUUCACGUUCAUCUCACGGUCGCUCAAGGGUCCACGUGUCUGGGCCUUAUUGGGAAGUCUGCCGGGCCUCAUAGACAACUGUGACCGCAUGCAUGACUGGAUCUGUGACAACCUACGCGCGUGUGGUGGCACGUACCAAACUUGCAUCUGUGCAAUCCCCUUCCUCGCCAGGAAGCAGGGUCUCGUGACAGUCACGUGCGACCCGAGGAACUUGGAGCACAUACUCAAGACCCGCUUCGACAAUUACCCCAAAGGCCCCACGUGGCAUGCUGUCUUUCAUGAUCUGUUGGGUGAUGGGAUCUUCAAUUCUGAUGGUGACACGUGGCUCUUCCAGCGUAAGACUGCUGCCUUGGAAUUUACCACCCGGACGUUGCGCCAAGCAAUGGGUCGGUGGGUGAGCCGAGCCAUCAACCGGCUCUGCUUGAUCCUCAAAAGGGCCGACGAUCAAGCUGAGUCGGUUGAUCUUCAAGACUUGAUGCUUCGGCUCACUUUUGAUAAUAUUUGUGGGUUGGCUUUCGGGCAGGACCCACAGACAUGUGUGUUGGAUCUGCCCGAUAACUGCUUUGCCACGGCUUUCGACCGAGCCACUGAAGCCUCGCUCCAGCGGUUCAUUUUGCCUGAGGUGUUGUGGAAGAUGAAGAAAUGGCUUCGGCUGGGAAUGGAAGUCAGCUUGAGCCGAAGCCUAGUCCACGUGGAUGAACAUUUGUCAAAUGUAAUUGAGAAACGCAAGGUGGAGUUGCUGAGUCAGCAAAAAGAUGGGACUCUUCAUGAUGACUUGUUGACCAGGUUUAUGAAGAAAAAGGAAUCCUACACAGACAAGUUUCUCCAACACGUGGCGUUGAAUUUUAUCCUAGCUGGACGUGACACGUCAUCGGUUGCAAUGAGCUGGUUCUUUUGGUUGGUGAUUCAGAAUCCAAAGGUGGAAGAGAAAAUUCUACGUGAAAUUUGCAUGGUUUUGAUAGAGACACGUGGCGAUGAUGUGGCUAAGUGGUUGGAUGAGCCCUUGGCCUUCGAGGAAGUUGACCGUUUGGUUUAUCUCAAGGCUGCAUUGUCGGAGACACUAAGGUUGUACCCUUCGGUGCCGGAGGACUCAAAGCAUGUGGUGGCCGACGACGUGCUGCCGGACGGCACGUUCGUGCCGGCGGGAUCGUCGGUGACAUAUUCGAUAUAUUCGGCAGGGAGGUUGAAGUCGACGUGGGGUGAGGAUUGCAUGGAGUUUAGACCUGAGAGGUGGUUGUCAUCGGAUGGGAAAAAGUUCAUCACGCAUGACUCUUUCAAGUUUGUUGCAUUCAAUGCUGGUCCAAGGAUAUGUUUGGGGAAGGAUUUGGCUUACCUGCAGAUGAAGUCCAUUGCUGCGGCGGUGCUGCUCCGGCACCGCCUUGUGCUGGUGCCCGGCCACCAGGUGGAGCAAAAGAUGUCACUCACGCUGUUCAUGAAAAAUGGUCUCAAGGUCAAUGUGCAUGAGAGGGAUUUAAGAGGAGUUAUCGCUAGUAUACAAAAAUAAAGGGAGAUAGAUGUGGAUUUUAGAAGUGAUGUAAGUUAAGUGUUGUGUUAAUUACCAGAAGGAGCACAGGGUAUUGAAGGUUUUGGCAUGUGGAGGCAGGUUCAAAUGAGAAUUCAGACAUUGGGGAUUUAGCUUAUAGAAGAAGAGAACAGAAUUUCCCUUUUAAAAAAAGGGUAUGUUCAGAGUAUUUAUAAUUUAUAUGAUAAUUGUGGAUGGAUUCUUUUUCCGGGGUCGUGGGAUGAAUGAUUGCUUUUUAUCAAUCCACCUUCCUUGUAGAAUCCUUGCAUAUAUUCAUUGUAUUCUUUAUUUCUUGUUGGUUUUGAAUUUUGGUAUUUCUAUUUAAUUUUACUGGUCGUGAGAGCUAAACUCACAUUUCACAAUGUUGAAUGUUGAUGUUCAUAAAAUAAUGCCUUACGUUUUAUGAAAGUAUAAUGAUCGGAUUUGACUCUCC